AUGUCAAAAUUGUUCUCAGGAGCUGAAGCAAACUAUGACACCCACAAUAAAGAGCUUCUGGCAAUCAUCAAGGCAUUGGAGGAGUGGUGUAUCUUCCUAAAAGCAACAGAUGAGCCUAUCCAGGAACCAGAAAUCAUAUUGCCACCUGAGAUCUUUGCCAAUAUGGGUACAUCAGAGGAAGAACUGGCAGUCACUGAGGAAAUCCAAGUGACCCUUAGGGAAGACCCAUCACUAGAACCUAUUGUUUGGUUCCUCACAGAAGAUGCAGAUAAUGCCCCCCUGAAAACAGUAGUCCCUGCCUCAGAGACCCUGAAGGAACACCUCCUGAGGGAAUUCCAUGACUCCCCCCUUGUAGGUCACCUGGGCCAGCAAAGAACCCUGGAACUAUUAAGCCAUAACUACUGGUGGCCUGGGAUGAAAUCAUCAGCCAAGGAGUGGUUGGAAUGCUGCCCAACCUGCCAGGCAAAUCAAAAGGCCUACUCUGGAACCAUAUCCCUAAAACCCCUAGAAGUACCUCCAUAUCUGUUCCACACAAUAUCCUACAACUUUAUAACAGGCUUCCCCAAAUCACAAGGAUUCAAUGCAAUACUUGUGGUGAUUGACUCCUUUUCCAAAAUGGGACACUUCAUCCCAACUCCCAAGAAGGUCACAGUGAAAGGAUUAGCAGAAAUCUUUGUCAACAAUAUCUGGAAGGUUCACAGAUUGCCAAUUAAAACAGUAUCAGAUAUAGGGAUGACCUUCACUGGAAAAUUCCUCAAGGCCCUAUACAAAUGGUUGGGAAGCAAACCAAGGUUCUCCUCAGCUUAUCACCCCAAAUCAGAUGGUCAGACCAAACAGGUAAAUCAAUUCAUAGAGUUCUACCUUAGGUCCUAUGUAAUGGCAGAUCACAGCAAUUGGGCAAAAUGGCUCCCCUUGUCAGAAUUUGCUUACAACAAUUCCAAACACUCUGCCACAGAAAAAACUCCCUUCAAGCUAGUCUUUGGCAGAACACCAGCCAUGAACCCCUCAAACAUUCCUGUAAGCAUCCCAGAAGCAGACAACAUAGCAAAUUGCCUGUUGCAAGAACAGAAGGAGGCCAAAGCAGCCCUUGGGCUAUCUAAGGAAAAAAUGGCAGGGAACAAAGGAACCAUUCUGGGAUACUCAAUAGGCAAAAAACUAGAUCCUAAGUGCCUGGGCCCUUUUGAAAUCUCAGAAAAGAUCUCAAGCCACACUUAUCAUCUGAAACUCCCAGAAACCCUUAAGAUCCACAAUGUUUUCUAUGUGAGAUUAUUGUCUAAAUCUCACAAAUCUCCAAGCCAACCUUUCCCAGAUCAACCCCCUCCUGAAACAAUAGAAGGGGAAGAAGAAUUUGAGGUCAAGCAAAUCAUUGAUUCAAAAAGACAGAAGGGAAAAUGGUUUUACCUGAUCAAAUGGAAGGGAUACAGACUGGAAGGCAACUCAUGGGAACCAGAGGAACUACUGGAACAUAGCCAGGACAAGAUCAAGCAGUUCAACCAAGCUAGACUCAAAAGGCUUGUGACUCCCCCAAGAGCCUUUAAAGGGGGGGGCAAUGUUACACCCCUGAUAAUUUUACCACUGGGAUUGCCUCUUCUUUCUGAUAUUUUUAGUAUUUUUUACAGACUCUUUAUCCUUGUUUUUUGA